AUACUAACCACAGCCACUCAGCGCCAGCAGCACGUCUCACUAGGAUUGCACAAUAAACACAGGGCGCCUCGCUUGCCUGCGAGUUUAUCGAUCCCCCCCACCCCCCCUUCCUGUAACCGGUUCCGUUUGCCAACUGCACCUCGCUGACGGAAAAAGCAGCAGUGGGAUAAGCCACAGAAAGGGCGAUUCAACCAACAUGGCCCCUUCGGCUCGGCCCAGCAGCACUGGACUUGAUAUGGAAGAAGAUGAAUCCUACUACGGGAUUCACAAAGCGGACAGAAAGACCAGGAAACCUCUGGUGGAGAAGAAGAGGCGAGCUCGCAUCAAUGAGAGCUUGCAGGAGCUGCGGACAUUGCUGGCAGACACAGACUUUCAUUCCAAGAUGGAGAACGCAGAGGUGCUGGAGAUUACGGUGAAGAAGGUGGAGGACGUACUAAAGAACCGAACCCAAGAAACAGACACACUUAACCAAGAAGCGAGUGAGAGGUUUGCGGCUGGCUACAUCCAGUGCAUGCACGAGGUCCACAUGUUUGUGUCCAGCUGUCCUGGGAUAGACUCAACAGUUGCGGCAGAGCUCCUUAACCAUCUCCUGGAGUGUAUGCCCCUGAAUGAGGACCACCUCCAGGAUGUGCUGAUGGAUCUAAUUACUGACACUUCUGGGAGUAACAGCAGCACUUGGCACGGAGGCGAUGAGGGCGAGGCGCUCUGCACGACUCUGGCUUCACCUGGAGGAAGGAGUCUAUCCAGCAGCUCGUCCUCAGCCCUCUCCCCGGCCCCCUCCACCACCUCCAGCGAGGACCUGUGCUCCGACCUGGACGAGACCGACAGUGAGCACAACCAGAGUUCCACUGAGGGCUUGGAGAAUAGGGAGGGCCUGAGCAUGCCCACCAUGACCUACCCUCAGUCUAUGUGGAGACCCUGGUAGGGGUCUGGGGUUUUGAUGGAAUGCAGUUGGGAUAUGGUGAAGCUGCUUUCUUUGAAGACAUGACAAAGGGCCUCUUACUGAAAAGGAAAGGUCCACCCUACGGCACAUGACACUUCACAAAUAACCAUUUUGGAUGGUGUAACUUUCGUUUCUGGGCUUAUUUACCCCUGCAGAUAACUAGCCACAAGCAUGGAUUGAUUUUCUAGAUUCUACCCAUUGAUGUUCAAUCAUCAGAUCUGUUCUCUAAGACACAGAGAUACAAAUUUGUCCACUGACAACAGCCUCGGUUUAUCCUAAUGCAGUGCAACCGCAGAUCACUUUUUCACCCUAAACCGAAUGCUGCAGGUUUGAAUCUUUUCCUUGACAUUCUGGGAGAUGUAGGAAUUCACUCAAUGAAAUAGAAGUAGAAAAACACUCCUUAAGUGCUUUUGAUAUCAUAGAAAAAAUGUCUUAAGGAAAGGUUUUCUUUUAUCUCAUUACAGGUGCCCUUUCUCUCAAGGGCCCCUCCAGCUUGGGGCCUCCUGAAAGUGUUCCCUCUUUCCUUUUCAGUAAGGACUCUCUGGCUUUGAGUCCUCGUUUGUGACUCUUUUUUUUUUACACCUGGAGAAAGAUGAAACAUUCACUUAUAAACCAACAAAGGACAGACAAGGAACCGUUCACUUUUUUGCAUCUAUAACUCUGUGUAAAUAGCUCUUUUAGAAACCGAGAAGUUUGGCAAUGCCUCUGAUUAAUAUAAAUAUUUCUAUUGUAUUUCAUAAAGGCCUGUAGUUUAUUGGACCAUUAGCCUCCUUCAGAAUGACCACUUUAUGUUGUAAUGAUGUUUAGAAAUUCCAGUAAAAUGUUUGAAUUUGCUAAAUAAAAUAAUGUAAUUGAAAAGCUG